GAACAAUCAAAUGAAACGAAAGCCACCAAGUCAGCUAUAAAUAGAACUCAAAUCUCGUUCCUGCAUCCUCGACCGCUUUAACAUCUUUCUUCCUCAGGUCUCAAAAACAGAGACACACUCUAUUUCACAAAUUCCACCUCAAUAUUUUUAUUCACUUUCUAAUCCAACUUCGUUGUUGUCAGUUAUGUUUUCUCAAACAAGCUUACCUCAAUCGAUGUCCACAUUAUUCUCCGCCUACGCUUCCGUCGCAGCCUCCGCCAUGCUACUUCGUUCCAUGGCCAAUGAAUUUAUCCCUUACGAGCUGCGUUCUUAUAUCUUCUCAGCUAUUCAUUGUCUCUUCACUCCUCUUUCACCAAAUCUUACUCUAAUCAUUGACGAGUAUGCCGGUAUAACUCGUAAUCAAGUCUUCGAAUCCGCGGAAAUCUACCUGCGUACCAAAAUUAACCCCUCAACUGACCGGCUAAGAGUAAGCAAAACCCCUAGACAGAAGAAUUUCUGUCUUUCAAUUGACAAAGGCGAAGAAGUUGACGAUUUUUAUGAAAAUAUGAAGCUGAAAUGGAGGUAUGUAUGUACUGAGCCACAAAAUAAGAACAAUUACAAUUCUGGUGAAAAACGGUGUUUUGAGUUGUCGUUUAAUAAGAAGUUUAAGGAAAGAGUAUUGAGUUGUUAUUUGCCUUUUGUUAUGGGUAAAGCUAAGUUAAUUAAAGAGGAAGAGAGAGUUAUUAGGCUUUAUAAUCGUGAAUGUCCAAUGAGUGAUGAUGAUGGAAAUGGCGGGGGAAUGUGGGGUUCUAUUAAUCUUGAACAUCCAGCUACUUUUGAUACUAUAGCUAUGGAUCCAGAGUUAAAGAAGAUGAUAAUUGAUGAUUUGGAAAUGUUCUUGAGAAGAAAAGAGUUCUAUAAGAAAGUUGGUAAAGCUUGGAAACGUGGGUAUUUAUUAUAUGGGCCUCCUGGAACUGGAAAAUCAAGUUUAAUUGGUGCUAUGGCUAAUUACCUCAAGUUUGAUGUCUAUGAUUUGGAGCUUACUAGUAUUUAUUCUAAUUCUGAUCUGAGAAGGGUUUUGUUGUCCACUACAAAUCGGUCUAUUUUGGUUAUUGAAGACAUUGAUUGCAGUGUAGAAAUGAGAGAUAGGCAGCAGGAACAGCAGCAACAUAAUGGCAUGGACUUUGAAUCUCCGGGUUCAAGCUCAAGGUUGACACUUUCUGGUAUAUUGAACUUUAUUGAUGGAUUAUGGUCGAGCUGUGGUGAUGAAAGAAUUAUUGUUUUCACUACCAAUCAUAAGGAGCGUCUUGACCCUGCUCUACUACGACCUGGUAGAAUGGAUGUGCACAUUAACAUGUCUUAUUGUAGCAGUAAAGGAUUCAGUCUUUUAGCCUCUAAUUAUCUUGGCAUUCACAGUAAGCAUCAUCUUCUCUAUGGAGAAAUUGAAGGUUUAAUUGACAAUACCAAUGUCACCCCAGCAGAGGUGGCAGAGGAACUAAUGAAGAGUGAGGAUGUUGAUGUUGCUCUUAAUGGACUUGUUAAUUUCCUUAAAAGGAAGAACAUUGAAGUCAGUGAAGCUAAGGAUGAAAAACAAGUGGAAAAGGAGGAAGAAGAAACCAAGACGCUAAAAUUAGAUAGCAGCGAAAAAAUUAUAUCUGCUGAUGAGGUUCUUUGAGCUACAAGAUCUAAUAGAAGAAGAUAUAGUAAGCCAUUCAUUGUAUUACGAUUGGCAUUACUGUACAUAUAGCUUCUUAUCAAUAGCUUCAUAAAAUUUCUUCUCUUUAUGGUUCCCUAUUUUGAUAGCUUUUUGUGACAGUGUUAAUGGCAAUUGGCAACUGAAUUCCUGGAAUUUCCUGUAUAAACUAUGUAACAAUUAUAUUAUUAUGUUAAUAAUAUGAUGAAAUAAUGUUUGAGUUUCUCUAAUCAA